UUAUUAUGACCCUUGUAAUAUGUCUGAUUGUGUCCCACAAAGUGGUUGUUUCAGCCAGAGAGAUCGCUUUGAUCCGUACUUUGACGUAGCUGGCUGGCUAGCUACAGCAGAUCAGUAUAUUUAGUGGCUGUAUAUAGUGAAAUAUCACUGUGUAGCUAUCAUGUAAGUGAACCCGGUAUGGACAGACAAGAGCCAUCUAUUGCCAGAAGCAUAUAUAUUGGCCAAUAACAUCCAUAGACUAUGGCUCUAUACUUGACUGGUGUGCAGUGUACAAGCAGACAGAAUCAAAACAGGAUGUCAGAUCUAUAUAAUGGUUCUCAGAUGUCUGUGGAGGGGAGGCUGGGGGCCAGGCUGGUGCCCUGCUGUGUGUGGCUGUGUCUCCUGUCCACCCUGCCCUGUUCCUGGUCCCAGGACCCCCUUAACGUUGGGGGCCCCGUGGAUUUUGGAGACUCCGUGGAUACAGAUCAGGGUGCCUUCCAACCGCAGAGUGCACUGUCUGACAUGGAGUUCUCUUCCAUUGCCUCCUACCGCGGCCCCGGCAACAAUGACUCACGUGGCAACAAGGACCUGCCCAUCCUGUUGUGGUGGAGUGCAGGACUCUUCCCUCAUUUCCCCGGAGACACAGAACGUAUCGACUGUCACACCUCCUCCUGUCUGGUCACACGCAAUAGGAAGGUUCAACUGUACAGACGUACCUCCUCCAUCAUCUUCUAUGGGACAGACUUCAGGGCCUACGAGGCUCCUCUUCCCAGACCCUCUCACCAGACCUGGGCCUUAUUCCACGAGGAGUCCCCCAUGAACAACUAUGUCCUGUCCCACAGCCCAGGCAUCAGGCUGUUUAACUACACAGCCACGUUCAGGAGAGGCUCAGACUACCCUCUGACCCUGCAGUGGCUGCCCUCCCUGGGAUACCUGCUCCAGCCUGUAGCCGUGUCUCUGGAGCAGAAGAACCACUGGAGGAGAGAGGGUCUGGCCCCCAUCAUGUACAUGCAGUCACACUGUGAUGUCCCCUCUGACAGGGACAGAUACGUGCAGAAACUCAUGAAGUACAUGGAGGUGGACUCGUAUGGGAAAUGUCUGAACAGUAAGCCCCUCCCUCAGUACCUGGAGGACACAAGCACGGCCACAGGGGAGGACGCCGGCUUCAUGAGCUUCACGGCACGCUACAAGUUCCACCUGGCCCUGGAGAAUGGCCUGUGUCAGGACUACAUGACAGAGAAGCUAUGGCGCCCUCUCCACCAGGGCUGUGUACCAGUCUACCGCGGCUCCUCAUCAGUAGCUGACUGGAUGCCCAACGACCUCUCUGUCAUCCUUAUUGAUGACUUCCCAUCACCUCAGGACCUAGCCAAGUUCCUCAAGGCGUUGGAUGAGAACGAUGAAGAGUACGCUAAGUAUUUACAGUUUAAGAACCCGAGCCAUGUUACCAACGUUGGCCUGAUGGAGGCACUGGAGAGCAGGGAGUGGGGCGUGAACGACAUGAGCAAACCCAAUUACCUCAACGGCUUUGAGUGCUAUGUCUGUGACCAGGAGAAUACCAGACUGGCAGCUGAACAGGCCUAUAGGAAAGCCCCAGAGAAGAGCCCGCCCCCCCAGCCUAAGAUGGCCAAUAAUUCUCAUAUGGGAUGUCCUCUACCCAGCCCGGGGUUCGGAGACCGUCAGGAUCUACACAUCAAUGACAGCUGGGUCCAGAUGUGGCCGCAGGACUACUGGCAGAGCUUAGAUCAGGCUGAAGGAUUGGAGUCUCUCAUCAGACAUAACGAGUCAGACCCUGCACUGCUCUGGCAUCACAUCCAGGAGUUGGCUAGGAGGAGGGCCAGAGGACAGGCAUAACUAGUCGAACCCUACACUGCUAAGGAACCACAUACAGUAGGAGAGCCAGAGGUAACUGAGAAAGUUCCUUAUUGCCAGUGUUUUUUUGGACAGAAAGAGGACAAGGAAAGAAAGCCAUCUAUUUGUCUAGAGACUUGCACCCCUUAACCAGUGGGGCGUGGCCAAAGUGGACCAGCGAUAAGAACCAAUGAACUGCUACUGAACUAUCGGUAGUGUAGACUGUAAAGGAUAGAGAAGAUGUACAAAAAUAUAUAUAUACAAUACUGCUUUUUAAUGUUGUCCACUUGAGGUGCCUGGUAGCCUCAUCUGUGGCACAAAAGGGCCUAAUGUGUGUCCAAGUUACAGUAGUGUUUUGUUAUCUCAAACCUGUCACCAAUACUUGUCUUUUCAACACUCAAUAAUGUACAUUUUUUUAUACUCUAUAUUUAUCAUGUUUAUAUAAAUCAAUUUUAUUGUUUUUCUGAGUCAAAGCGUCAAAAACAAUUUAAAAAAUAAAAAUUUGAUCGAAAA